UUCAUAUCUCCUAAAGUUCAAAUGUUGCUUUCAAAAAUAACUGGUUUCAACAUCAACAAAAUAUUUUCUCCUAAACAAGUAUCUGUUACAGAAUCUCCUAAGUACAAACUGGUCACAGAUGAACAACUGAGGGAGCUGCAAGAGGGGUCUCUUAAGGGAGCCAACAAAUUAUUACAAAUGCCUCCCUACAAGAAACCAUGGAACAUCCACAACAAUGAUGAACUUAUAAUUUCAAACGACCAACAAAUUGCACAUUUUGAGAUGGAUGACUCAACUUACGUUUUUACUGACAUAUCACCAGGCAUCCCUAGGCGGGAUAGGAUGCUGGUGGUGAGAGAUAAGGAGGGAGUUUUGAGGAGGUGCAACAGGGAAGAAAGUGACAAGAUCCUUAUGCUGUAUUAUCCUCAAGAAGGUAAGAUGUACAACAUGCCUCAGAUGUUCCAGCCACAACAGCUAGAGGUCUUACUUGGCAAACAUCAGUAUGAAUAUGUAUUAAAUGUGGCUUGCGUUCAGUUUGAACCAGACGAUCCAAACUACACCAGGGUGACAGAGAGAACGUUUGAACACGUUUUGCAAUCUGGGCAAUUUGAAGUUUUAAGAUUUACAAGAUUUUAUGGAUCCAUGGUCUUCUAUUUUCUCAUUCAUAAUAAAAUCGACUUAUUAUUAGCCCAUCAGCUUUCUCAAAACCGGCUAGAUGAUGCGGUUAGCUUAGUUCAGUUGUACCACAUCAUCCAUCCCUAUUGUAAAUCGGUUGCCAUCUGCAAGGGAGAAGAUGCAAAAGACAAUUAUCAGCUCAUUCAAGUUAGUUUUUUUUAA